AUGGCGGCGCUCAUCCCAAACAUCACACCCAUUCGAGCAUUUGCAGAUCACGAGGAUCGCGUGGUCGCAAUCACAGUUUACAAACCCCAAUAUAGCUCCGACGAACGCAUGGUCACGGGCUCGUAUGAUGGGAUGCUUCGUCUGUGGGACUUGAAAGCAGGUGUAGUGUUGAGGAAGAUGGAGGGGCAUCGCAGUCGGGUGCGGGCAUUGGCUGUUUCACGAGAUGGGAAAUGGAUAGCAAGCGGCGAUGAGAGCGGAGAGCUUAUCGUCUGGCAUGGACUCACUGGGGAACUCAACCAAACAAUCAGUAAAACCCACGAUGGCUGGAUAUUAUCACUCGACUUUUCUUCGAGUGUCAGGAUACUGGCUAGUGGAUCAUCUGACACUACCACGAAGCUAUGGGAUACAUCAACGUGGCAGGUGCAGUAUACACUCAAUUGCGGUGGAACUGUCCGCUGCGUUCAGCAUUCGCCACGGUCACACCAUUCGUAUGCACUUCUUGCGAUUGCAACGGACCACAACAUCCAAAUUUACCAACAUUACCAAAAUUACACUGGAAACAGUUACUACAGUUACAAUUACCCAUCACCACCAGCAUUUCCCACUCAGUUGAUGACGACGAUCAGUGGAGGAUUAAACUAUUCACUCGCGUGGACGCCAGAUGGCACACGGCUUCUCUCGGGUGGUAAUGGGGCUGAUCCCACCAUACGAGAGUGGAAUGCAUCGACCUGGCAGCAGGUCGGUGACCCCUGGAAGGGCCAUUUCAAGGAUAUCCAUGCCAUUUCUGUGGACUCUGACGGCACUCUCCUUGCCUCCGCAUCUCAUGACAACCGCGUCCGCCUCUGGCGACUCUCAGAUCGACGAAACAUUGGUAUAUUCAAGCACUCUGGGGAGGUGGACUGCGUCACAUUCUCUGCGAAUGGCAAUCACGUCCUCAGUGGAGGUGUGGACAAAAAGAUCUCAGAGUGGCCAACAUCCGAGGAUGCUUUGCCAGAGGAUGGUUCAAAGGACGGCCUCAUGAAGGAGCAGGCCAUGCACCAGGUCCUCGCUAUGAACUCGACAGUCCGCAACGCAUGCAUAGCUGGGGACUGGCCUACCGCUGAAAGGGUGCUAAAUACAGAUAUUUACACUGACGUCAAGAAUCACAUUGCCUAUGCCAAUCGCGGAUUUGUUAUGGCGCGAAAAUGCGACUGGGACCAAGCACUUCAAGACGCAAUUCAGUCCGUCAGCAUUCAGCCAUCGUUGGCAGGCCAUAUCUCCGAGGGCAUUGCCUUCUGCGGGAAAAAGCAGGUUCUGGCUGCGAGGAUCUCAUUUGACCUUGCAUCCACGUUCACGAACCGAGAUUUCAAGUCCGAUCACUUCCUUUUCUUUAUCAAGGCAGAGGCGAUUUUUCGCAUCCGAGAACUAGCUGCUUGUCCCAAUGUCGAUCCUGUCGCUUGUCGUAUCGUAGAAGCCUAUCUACGCGUCCAACUAGGAAACAUUGCCUUGGAGGGCGCGUGUCACAAUGAAGCUGUUGAACACUUCACUGUCGCUGCAAAUGCUAGCACUUUCUUUUAUAAAUCGCCAAUUCAUGUGACGUACGAUGAAUUUGUCGUGCUAUUUGGUUGGGAUCUCAAGUCCCUGUGGCAAACCGCGAACCAGCAACAGUGUUAUGCACUCUUUCGAGCAGGUAGUUUUAAAGCGGCCGUCGAAGCGUGUCAGUCCAUGAUGGAUAAGAUUGAUGAUGAUAUGAAGGGCGACUUACGCACCUGGUUCACUGAUCAUGCUGUCAUUGUUGAUGUCCCAUCCCUUCCUCUUCAUCACUGUCCAGAUCAAGCCCAACAACAUUUCAUGACGAAUAAUUCACCUGGGGAUCCUCGAGCAAUGUGUUUGCUCUGCUCUUGCCCAUAUUAUGAACAUUCAUUGCCACUUUCACCCCAGCGUCGGGACUCCAUUGAACCAAGCACACCAUCUCUUUUUAGUAGACAUGGAUCCAGCACCAGUGCUUCCACAAAUGUCUCCUUGUCUUCACUUACCCCUCCAGUGACUUUGCCCCAUUCCAUGCAAGGCUAUCUCCAGCCUCCCACUUCACCAUUAGCAUCAGUUUCUUCAAAUUCUGGCUUGUUGCUUGCACCAGUGGCAAAUAUGCCAGCCUCUUUACCUGCAGCUACACCUGCCAGGUGGUCUGCUGCAUCCCUCCCUCCAUGGAAUCCUCCAGGACCUCCGAUCUCUGGAACAACCAACAAUCGUCGCUUGUCACACCAUGGGCAAGGUGUUUCCCGGUCACUGCUUUCAGUAAUUCCAACCAUCCAAAGACGCCAGGCAGAAAGGUCGGCUAAUGCUGUGGCUUCCUCGUCGAGACAUCCUACCAGUCGAAACUCGAGGUCAACAAGUGUGACCCAAUGCUGGCAUGAAACCACGAAGUACCUUGUAGUACUACAUCCUGAGCCUAUGCAUGGGACGGUGCACACAGAAUAUGAACAUAUGUUCCGAGAAAUUCGUGCACCUAUACCACAAAAGAUCGCGAGUUUCAUUUUGCAGGCCCGCAACUUUGGUCUUGUCUUUGAGAUUGAAGACAGUUUUCAAAAAGAUGAUCCUGCUGGUCCUGUAUUCCAUCAAUCCCUGUGCUCUCAUUUCGAGAGGGUUGGCCUUGCAUUUUCUGGGUCUGAUUCACAUCCACUUCCGUCAUUGAGCAGCCUACCAACUCCAAUGACUCAAUUCCCAUGGUCUUUCCUGUUGACGGGUAAAGGACAGCGUUCUACACAUGGUGCCAAACUUCUACCUGCAAGGUCAUCACCGGAACAUCUGACCCACAAUGAUAUCCAAAAGAAUGGGUCCAGACUCCCUGUCCCAUCUGCACCAUACCAUGAUCAUACCCUUGUAUUCAUUCUCCCUCUGUGGGAUAUAAUUGCAGGACCAAUUGAUGGUCAUGGCAUGCAUUGUUGCCUUGCUCCGUGA